CAUAACUGCUAAAUACAAGAGAUACACUGGUAUUAUAUCUGUGUCCACUCCGAACGUUUCUACCAUGACGGGGAGCAGCAUGUACAGUCCUUUAGCAGUCAGAUUCACUAAUAUAUCGUACAAUGUCACCGAGGAUUGGGAUCAUCACCACCUGCCCGAAUGGAUCUUUCACUUCUUCAUGCCUUCGCUUUUCAGUGUAGUGUGCGCAACUGGGAUAAUUGGGAACAGUCUCGUGAUAUUUGUGUUUCUGAAGUACAUGCCAUCAAAUAUCGUGCCGAAUGUGUAUAUCCUUAAUUUAGCAUCGACUGAUUUGAUCAUUAUGCUUGAGCUACCGUUCCUGACGUAUUUUAAUACGACCAGGCGUUGGGUGUUUGGGGAUGUGAUGUGUCGUAUUGUGAUGGGAAUCGACGGGCUAAACGUAUUUACAGGUAUUUUCACUUUGGCAGUGAUGAGUGUAGACCGUUACCUAGCAAUAGUCCAUGCCGUAUGGUCUAAAAAUCACAGAUCAGUGACACAGGCUAGACUGAUCUGUUUAUUUAUGUGGUGUGCUUCUAUCGCUAUAACGCUUCCGUUAUGGAUGUAUGCCCAGACACAGACCUUUGGUGUCGAUACUAUGUGUAACGUUCUCUGUCCGGAAGAGGUGGAAAGAAUAUUCUCAAUUUAUUCAUUUGUUCUCGGAUUCUGCACACCGCUUAUGAUUAUACUGCUUUGCUAUUUACGAAUUUUAAUUUUCUUAGCAAAUUGUAGAAGAAAAAACAGCCAUGGUAAUCGUCACUCAAAACUUGGAAAAGUAGGAAUUCUCGUCCUAUUAGCCGUUGUCUUGUUCAUAGUAUGCUGGUUCCCGUUCUGGCUAGGACAAAUAAUGGUCUUCGCCGGGAGAAACACUUUCGCCGUUAGAAUUGUCUACUAUGUCGGUCACAGCCUUACGUAUGCUAAUUGUUGCCUUAAUCCACUGGUCUACAUCUACGUUCGUCAAGACUUUCGGCAACAUCUGAAAAAAAUAAUUUUUUUUCAAAAAUGUUUGAUUCGCAGAGAAAACAACUCAGCGGCUAGUGCGAGCAAGGAAAUAACAGAAACAGCGCAGACAAGAAAUACAAAAGUCUAA